AUGGCCGCCAUUACAGACAUUAUUACGGCCCUUGGCAGCCCCGAUCCCAGCGUCCGCAUCCCCGCCGAGCAGGCGGUGAACCAUGCCAAAGAAACCGAUCUAUCCGGCUUUAUUCUUGCCGUCCUGCAAGAAUUCCGAGAUGAGUCCAAGCCGCCUUUUGUGCGGAACAUGGCAGGUACACUACUUAAGAACGCUGUCGCGCCGUCUUUGCGCGAGGUCGCCUCUAGGAAGCUUUUGGAGCAGAAAUGGGCCUCCCUACGCGCGGAUGUCCGGCAGCGGGUUAAGGAGCAGGUGUUAAUCACCCUCGGCUGCCCGAGCCGUGAGGUCCGAAACGUCGCCGCGAACAUAGUCGGGAGCCUUUCCCGGAUUGAGCUGCCCUCUGGGGAGUGGAAGGAGCUGAUUGGGAUCCUCGUCUCCGCGGCGGAGUCGAACUCCAUCCAACACCAAGAGGCCGCGUUAACCGCCAUCGGCUACGUCUGCGAGGAAGGGAACGACCACGAGGACGUCGAGGAGGCCUUGAAGCCGCACACGAACUGCAUUCUUUCCGCUGUCGUUCGUGGGAUGGAGAGCAGUGAUGACUCUGUGAGGCUGAGCGCGACGCGGGCGCUCCGCAAUGCAAUGGAGUACAUCAACGACAACAUGGAAAAGCAAGAUCAGCGCGAUUACCUCGUCAAUGCGGUGUGCUCGACCGCGAAGGGCAGCUCCGACGUCCGCACGCGGGAACUUGCGAUGGAGUGCUUAGUGAAGAUAGCCGCGUUGUACUACAGUACGUUGCCGAACUACAUCAACCAUCUGCAUACAAUCACCACGGAAGCCAUCGAAGGUGAUGAGGAGGCAGUUGCCCUGCAGGCGAUGCUGUUUUGGAUUACAAUUUGCGAGACCGAAAGGGACAUGAAGGAGUCCGACGAUCUUGAAAGUUGUCUGAAGUACUCCACGACGGGCAUGGGGUUCUUGAUCAAUCUCUGCCUGGCGCAGCUGGUGAAGCAGGAUGAGAACGGGGAUGGCGAGGAUGAGUGGAAUUUCGCGGUGGCGGCGGGUAAGCUUUUGCAGUGUUUAGCCGAAGCAGUGGGAAGUCCGAUUCACGAGCCCGUGAUGCAAUUUGUGUACGCCAACAUCAAUAGCCCGGAAUGGCGACAACGCGAGGCCGCCUUGAUGGCCUUUGGUUGUAUUCUGGGCAUUGAUGAGAGCGAUGCGCAGGAGGCGAUGCAGGAUACGGUGGCCCAGUCGAUCCCUGGACUUCUAGAAUACCUUCGCGACUCAAACCCAAUGGUGGCGGAUACGAGUGCGUGGGUGGUGGCGACCGUGUGUGAGUUCUUCGUGGACGUCUUCCUUCAUCAGAUCCAGCUCCUGCAUAAACUGAUGAAUUUAAUAGGGCCGAUGAUUACUGCCGAUAAUCCACAGAUGGGCAAGCGGGCAUGCCACAUUAUCCAUAACCUUGCGCUGGCCUACGAGAACGAAGAGAAUCAAAUAACGAAUGAGCUGACGCCUUUUUAUGCCGAUCUGAUUUCUGUGCUGCUGCGCGCGAUUGACGGCGGGUUUACGGUUAACUUCCGCAGCAACGCUCAGGAGACCCUCAACGCGCUGGUGGAUGCAGCGGCAAUGGACUGCAUGCCCUACCUUACCCAGUUGGUACCCGAGCUGCACAACCGUAUAGAAACCCAAUCCAACCUCAUGCGAGCGCAAAUCGCCUCCAAUGGGGAUCUACAAGAUAUGGAAACGGCGCUGGGGUUGCUUUGCGGGGCCCUUGGCGCGGUGGCGCGAAAAUUGGGCCCCGACUUCGUCAGCCUCGUCGACACUUCCAUGCGGUUGCUGCUGGAUUUGAUCGAGCUUCAGAUGGACUACGUCCAGGACGAGGCGCUGGUGGCGAUUGGUAGCAUCGCCUAUAGUGGGAAGGCCGCGAUGACGCCGUACUUCGCUCGCAUCGUGCCGUAUAUCAUUCGCUGUCUGCAGGCAUUUGACGAACCCGACAGCGUCUACACGGUGGUGGCGGCAGUUGGGGAUCUUUGUUUGGCCUGCGGGGCCGCAUUCGCGCCCUACGCCGGGCAUAUUAUGGACACGCUUUACCAAAACGUCCGCAACCCACAGGUCGAUCGCGACCUCAAAUGCUCCUUCGUUCAUUGCUUUGGCGACCUGGUGCUGAACGUGCUUGGGGGUUCGGGAUUUUUACCCUACAUGAAUGAUCUGAUGCCGGUUUUUGACGAAAUGUUCCGCGCCAGUACCUCAAUCGACAUCCGAGGGGACCCUGACAGCGAGGAGUACGUCAUGACGCUCUGGGAGGCCACUGCCUCGGUUUACUCCGCCAUUAUCCAAAGUUUUCAGAAGAACGAGGUGAAGAACCUCGUGCCGUACCUGUCUGGAAUUCUAAGCUUCGCCCUGCACGCCGCAGCGAAAUCGGCCUCGUACUCGGAGACUCUGAUGGCGGUGGUGAUGGUGGUGGGGGAUAUGGCGUCGGUGCUACGCCAGGCGCCGGAUCCACAGCUCCGCCAACAGGCCAAGCAGGCUCUUCUUACCCCUCAAAUGGAGGAGGUUAUCACCAACGCGAGUCGGAAUGUGAACCUUUCCAGCGAAGAUGCCAAACAACUGAAGUGGAUUCAAACCCAGCUGAAGUCUUUGCAGUCGAUCUGA